UCUGAUUUCUCAUCCCCAGUGUCCUUACAAGGAAGAAUCCAUUUUCUUCACUUUCUUCUCCCCUGCUCUCAGGUGUAAAUCCCCCUAAAAUCCCGUUAAAAAAAAAAAUAUAGGGAACAGGCCUGAAGGAAAAGGCGAUGGGGCUUAAAAACUUCAAUGGGACAGGAGUGGGUUUUGGAUUUGGCAUUGGCUGCGGUUUUGGGGUGGGAUGGGGUUUUGGUGGCAUGCCUUUGAAUUUUCUGGGCCUCGGUGUCGGUGGUGGAUGCGGAGUUGGUGUAGGCCUUGGAUGGGGAUUUGGUGCAGCUUUUGGUAGUCACUACCGAAAUUCAAGGGUUAUAUUUCAGGGGACGGAUCUUGACGCCAAAGAUUCUAGCAAAAGUAGCUAGUGCAAGGACUUAUCAAAAAGCACUCAGAAACUAUAUGCGUCAUGCUGAUUUUCACUUACUGAUUACUCCGUGAUGUAAUGACUACAUUUGCACCAAAAUUAAGUUUGUAAAGGCUUGCUUGUAUUCCUUUUCGGCAGUCCUAGUUGGACAUAGAUUUUAGAGGUACCCGAAGUUAGGUCCUGUUUGAUAACUUAAUUCAGCACUUAAACUUAAUGGAUUCAAAUAUUAAUAUAUUCAAACCGUUUGAUAA